GAAGAAAAAGUUGUCGCGUCCAAACAUGACCUUAUCAGUUAUCAGAGAUCAGAGAGGGAACAGGGGGGUCGUGUCGGCUUGAACCAAACAUGACCUUAUCAGAGAUCAAAUUUCAUUCUGUGACCCUAGCCACCCCAGUCAGUGACCAUCAAUUUCAACUUGGAGCUUCAUCUUUUUUGUUCUGAAUUCUGAUUCUGCCGAGCUGCGAUUCUCCUUCUGUUUAGUAAGUGCAUUCCUCUGCCUCAUCUUUCUUCAGUAAGUGCACGCAGAAUUGAAUCCUUAAUGGAUGCGCUCUUGUUGGUAACCUAGUUAAUGUUAUUUAUUGAUUUCGUUUCUAGCAGCAGAAUUGAAUCCAAUCCUCAUUAUCGUUUUGUACUCAGGAGCUCAUAUGGCUUCAAAUCACUUGUCAGCUAACAUGUUGCUUCUAUCUCUAUUUCCCUGAUGAGUCAUCUUUACCCCUUUUACCAGUGUUGCUUCUAUCUUUACCCCUGUUCGUCUUGGAUUGAUGGGAACUAACAUAUUGCUUCAAAUUGACACAAAUUGGUUAGUUCCACUUGCACAUCAUGCGUUUCCUUAUAAGAUUGAGGGUCGUUUUGCGGCGAGAAAGUGCGUCCCCACAUUGACAAGAAGGAGUUGUCGAGAGUGUGAAUUUGUUAUUCAUUAUGACGAUGAUAAGACAAGAAGGAGUUCAAAUUGGCAGCGGCGGCAUUGUGGUUCGGGGAUGGGGGAGACUGUCUCUGAAUGGGAACUGCAGGAAGGUCGUAUGGCGGUUUCAACUUUUCUUCAACAAAUGGGUGUGUCGGUUGAGGAAUCUGAAUCUAUCGCAUCAAACUCCCCAGCAUAUCUCAACAUGUUAGUUGAAGGUGUUAGGGAUUUGGAGCAGUUGUCUUCAUCUUCUUCUUCUUCUUCCAUGUUGGAUGGUAAUGGUGUGUUCAACUUGAACUUCAACUACAGAGAUAAGAUUCUUCACAUUGCAGCUCUCAAAGGUGACAAAGGCAAACUAGCCUACUUAGAGAGUCUUGGCUUCACACUCUCUUCCUCUAUGAAUGUUGCCAGGUAUAUAUCCUCUUCUGCUCACAACAACACCCUCCCAUCUCUCAUAAACAAGGUUACUUCUAUCAAACAACUCCUCUUUCUUCCCACUCACAGUACUCAUGAUGAUCACUAUCAAUUCCUUAUCAAGAAUAUUCGCCUCAUCAUGUGCCACUUAUCAAUUUCAUUAGAUGAAGAUAUGCAACACACUUUCUCCUUUUUCGAAAAGGUUCAAGCAAAGCGUGGAGGUCUAAAUAUUCUUGCUUCUCAAGAUGCUGCUUUCCGUUGCUUCAUUGAAUCAUUUCCUCGUAUACUUUUGUUAUCACUAAAUAAUCACAUCUCACCUAUACUGGAUUUUUUCCAAAAUAUUGGGAUCCCUGCAGAUCGCAUUCCAAACAUAAUAUUGGCUUUUCCUCCUAUUCUACUCUGGAAUGUUCGACUCCUUCAAACUAGAGUUCUCGCCUUGAAUCAGAUUGAUGGCGUGGAUAAAGAUUAUGCCAAGUUGAUGCUAAAAUAUCCGUGGGUUCUAUCUACAAGCAUUCAAGAGAACUAUAAGGAGGUCCUUUUCUUUUUAUACUCCGUGAAGGUUCCAAAGACAUGGAUAGACCAUGCAAUCAAAAGACAACCUCAACUAUUGGGUUGUUCAACUAGCAAGCUGAAGUUGAUGGUGGAUCAGUUUGCCGAACUAGGAGUUCAAAAGAAAAAGUUGUAUCGGGUUAUCACUAGAAGUCCUCAGCUAUUAUUACAAAAGCCCGAACACUUUCAACAGGUUGUUCUGUUCUUUGAAAAUAUGGGUUUUGAUGAAGAAAAUAUUGGGAAAAUACUUGCUCGCUGCCCUGAAAUUUUUGCCAGCAGCAUUAGUAAAACAUUACAAAGGAAGAUUGAGUUCCUUAGUAGAAUUGGUGUUUCUAAAGCUUACAUUCCCGUGGUUAUCAGAAAGUAUCCAAAACUACUUGUGUCUGACAUUGACAAAACCUUACCUCAACGGAUAGUGUACUUUAUAAAGCUAGGACUUUCAGAGAAGGACAUUGCAUUUAUGGUCUCUAAAUUUUCUCCUAUACUUGGGUACAGCAUAAAGGAAAAAGAUGUUCUGAGGCCAAAAAUAGAAUUUCUGGUGAACACAAUGAAGAGGCCAGUAAAAGAAGUGGUCAGCUACCCUAGGUAUUUUAGCUAUUCACUAGAAAAGAAGAUAAAACCAAGAUAUUGGGUUCUGAAAGGAAGGAAUAUUGAAUGUAGCUUAAAGGAUAUGCUGGGGAAAAAUGAUGAAGAAUUUGCUGCUGAAUUUAUGGGUGUUGGAAGGAAUUCAGCUCAUGAUAGGCUGUAAAUAUCAUUACAUUGUAGGAAUUCAGCUUAUGAGUAAUGCUAUGGUCACACCAUUUUACACACUCUUUUAACACACUCCAAUUAUAAUUUGCCACAUCAUUCGUUCUUUUUAUUCCUUUAACCUGUGACCGGAUCUACAAGUUGCCAAAACGCAAAAACACUGGGACCCCUUUUUUUUUUCCAAGUCUUUCUCCCUGAUUUUUUUUUCUGCACAGUCUUUCUCCCUAAUUUUUUUUUUCUGCUGCACAGAGAGCACCUUGCAGAGACUAUACCGCAAUUACAGUGUGUUGUCAUCAUCAUUUAAUUUUCUUCUAAUUCUUCGCCAUUUUGAUUCUAAAUUUCAACACCUCCUGUUCUAAACCACUUUCAAUUUCUAAGAACCACACCUUUUCUCAAUUUGAGAAAUUGCAGCAUGGAAGAAAAAGAGGGUUGGUGGUGUUGAUGAGUUUGGAGGGAGUUGGAGUUAUGGGUACCAAAUUAGGAACAAUGACUUUUUUUUUUAACCUAACGAAGUAGUUGUACCGUUGUCGGUGCCAUUUUGGGAGUGCAAAUAGACCAAACUAGAAAUUGGUCGCGGUGCCAUUCCUAUGUCGAUGUUUCCGGCACCACCAUUCGUAAGGGUUUCCAAGGUCCUCUCCCUCUCUGCAGAAAUGGAAGGUCAGGGGAGAAAAACGGUAUAAAAGAAAAUAGUGACAAUUUUUUUUUUUAACAACUUGUACAAUCAGUUAGUAAGUAAAAGAAAUAAAAAGGUGGAUGAUGUGGCAAAUUAUAACUGGAGUGUGUAAAAUGGUGUGACCAUAACAUUAUUCUUCGGCUUAGAACAAAUUUGUGUGUCCAUGUAAUUAUUUUAAAAAGAAAGCAAAUCCUUAUGUUUGAUUUGGUCCCUUGUAUUUUGGUCCAUCAUAAUUGUCCAUUUUUGUCUCAAAAGUACAUUUAGCCAAAAGUUGUGAUAUGAAUAUGAUACUACAUUAUUUGUGUUUCGA